AUGACCUCUCUUCCAUUUCUCCCAGGAAAUUCGUUUACAGAUCCUACGGUAUGCAUAUUUUCUGAAAUAUUUGGUUGUUAUGAGUGUUGAAGUUCUUAUGGAAAAAUUACUGUACAUCCACAUGUAUGCAUAGGCUGGGAAUAUUACUUUCUUAUUUCUUUUGCGUUGUAUUUAUUAAUGUUUCUAAAUUGUUGGGGUUUACGAGGUCCUCUUUCUUUUAAAGCAGCUUCGACUAAUUCUGUAAGCUCUCCGUAUCUUUUAUCACAAUUGUUUUCAUACUGUUAGAUCCUCUUAAUUCUUUCAGAAAACCAAAUUUCAUCGACCUCAAACACUUGGAUGGAAGAACGGAUAUUCCUUGCCAACAGCCCCUGUUAUAGGGAUCGGCGGAGAUCCAAUACCUGUGAACAACUUGACACAGGAAGAGCUCGACGAACUUGCAAAUUUAAAGCCUUCACUGACUUAUGGACAAAAAGUUCAAGCACCUCCAGAGGAUUUUGUCCCUGCCCAUGUAGGAUUUGAUAAGAAAGUUUUGCUUUUCUUUGGAUAUUUCAAGCAAACUGUGCACGAGUCUUCCAAUGAAUAUUACAGAGUUCGUCCAGUUAAAGUGUAUUAUUACCUGGAGGAUGAUUCUAUUGCAGUUGUGGAACCUGUAGUUAAUAACAGGUAAUGAAAAUGACCCUUACUCAAAGUGAACAUUUUAGGGAAAAUUUCACAUUCCAGUUAAAAAUACACUGAAAAACAAGUAAUGCUUCCACAGACCCAAAAGUUGCAGCUACCCAACAUGCCAAUCUAAGACUGCUAAACUAAACUGUUACAUUUAGUUCCAUAGCAAUGCUGACCUUUUGAGAUCUCAACAAACUAUGCCUGAACAACAAUUUUAUAGCCUGCAUUGCAGACAAUAGUAAUGUCUGCCAGGAAGGAACCCGAAAUUCAUGUUCAGGGCUAGGUUGCAUACAACCUUCUUAAGAUAAAUUGAGGGCUCUUAACUUUUGUUCUGGAACAACCUAUUGUUUUGAAAUAAUAGUUAAAAAUUCCUUAAUCUUAGAUGUUUUUUGCAACCCAACCCUGGGCCUCAGCAGACUUAAAGAAUUACCAGAACUUCAACUUCUAAAAAAAACUUGAAUGGCAACUGACAAUGACUUUUUUAGCAGACUAAUCAUGGCGCAUACUCAAUUCUGGUAUACAGGUGGCGGCACAGAACAAGGAUUUACGUAGGCACUGUUUUGCAGACAGACUGCCUGUUGCAUAGGCAAUUUUACAGUGUCAUUACAUGCAGUUCAUUGCCCCUGAUGAACAACUUCAGAGCCUUAUUAUUUCUAUGUAUAGCCUCAGGAAAACAAUUGCUAUUGCCUACAGGAGAAUUAUAAGCUCAGUCUAGCAUGGCGAUUUGUGAUACAUAGUAAACAAAUGCUUUUUUCUCUCUGUGUUUUAGUGGAAUUCCUCAAGGAAAACUUAUUAAGCGUCAGCGUUUACCAAAGAAUGACCUUGGUGAAUACUGGCACUGGAAAGACUUAAACCUUGGGAUCAAUGUGACUUUUUAUGGGAAAGUGUUUCAUCUUUAUGACUGUGAUGCUUGGACAAAGGUAACAUGAUCUACCUAGUUGUUUGAACUCCGAUAUAUCAACCAUGUACUAUAGGGGGGUUUUCCGUAAAUUACCGGGUGAAAACUUGCUGCUUGAACUCCAAAAUUUAAUCUCUUUUGUAUACCAGACCUUGAUCACUUAUGUAUAUUUUUACAACCCUGUUUGAGCCAAGAAGUAACCAGCAAUGAUUUACGAAGGGUCUUCAACUUUACCAGUGUAACUUCGUAGCAGCAACCAAGAAGACCCCUCUUUUCCACGAGCCAUUAAGUUUAAUUUCUGAGGUACCAUUCGCCAACAAUCUAAUAACUUUAAAGGAAGGAAAAGUUUGGGCUUGAAGCAGCUUAGCAUGACAUCCUUCCUAUAUAUUUUAAAAUGUACAGUUGAACCUGACCACUAAUGGCCACCCAGGCUGCAAACAAAAUCAUUUUUACAGCUUGCCAUUUGGGCAAGCUGAAGCUGCCAUUUACUAGCCCAGAUGUCAUUUCAAUUAAAUAGCCCCAAAAACUUUUUGACUAGCAAAAUUGAUUUCACAGUUCUUCUGUUGAUUGAAUUCCUCAAAAAAGAUGAGUUGCCUGUUGGGCAAUUUAAAAACAGAAUUCACUGGCGCAAUAGCAAAAUCCACUAUAGCCCCAGGGUAUCUGGACACUACUUUCUUUGCACGCUGCCACCUCUCUACAAGGGCUACUUUUUUGUCCCGCCGGACAGUGACCAUACAGUGGUCACUCUUGUUUAAACCUCUCUACAACAGCCACUAAGGAGUGUCUCCAACUGCCAAAAUAACCUCUCGACAACGGCUAGUUUUUUCAGCUGACUCAUGAAAAAGUCAAGAAUGGUCACGAAAUUUGAUCCAUAUGGCACGUUAAUGAUCAAUCACGGCAAUCGUACUUUGAUUGUGUUCCAUUUAUAAUACUACUGCAGUAAGCAUAAAUUGUCUACAAUACUUAUAGCGAAUGUUACGAACCCUGCUCAUUUUGUCAGAUGUUAACAUUUUUUAUUCAAAACAUAUUAUUCAAGCUUUUUUUUAUUAUUUUUUUUAUCUCUGUACAUUAAAAUAAUGAUUAAUUCCUACAUGUAUUAUGGGAUAUAGUAAGCAUGAACUGAGAACAAUAAACAUGUUGCACUACGGCCACUUUCUUCUGUCCCCAAGGUAGCCAUUGUGGAGAGGUUUGUUUGUGUAUACAUGUACACUGUAAGCUUUUAGUAUUGGUACUUAGGCGAUCUUGAUGACUUUCCUAAGUUUUUUCUUUAGGAAUAUUUGGCCAGUGAGGGGAUAGAGCUUAACCAGCCAGUGAUGCCAGAGAAAGACCCUUACACUGAAUCCCGCAAACAGCCUCUCCGCACGUACAAAACACCUUCAUCCUUUGACAAACUGAAACAGUUUCUGGAGUUGGACAGGAAGGUUUUAAGAUUUUACUGUGUGUGGGAUGACAGGGACAGUAUGUUUGGAGAAAUGCGACCCUGUGUGAGUACAAGCAAUUCUUCAGCCUGGUUCUCAUUUGUGACUUUACACUACAUGUAACUAGUUCAGCUGCUGGUUUUGCCUUGGACUAAAUUUCAGUAAUGAUAUAAAAACAAUUUAGGCCCGGUUCAAAUGUCAAUCUUUUCAUGAAUUGAACUUAAUACCUGAUUAAUUAGGUUGGCCCCAAAUGAUACAAGUUCGAUGUUGAUUCAAAUGUCAAACUUAAUUAGUCAAUUCAUUUUCAUGAUGUUCAAUGGUCUACAAUGCUUUAUACAAAUGAAAAUAAAUUUUAGUAAUUUAUGCAUUAAGUUUGGCACAUAAACGAAGUUGCUCCACAGUCAAAAUUGCCAUAUAGGCCACUCGAUCUUAAUUCUUGGUUCUGACUUAAUUGGUUCAAAUAUUGAAGGAUAUUUUCAUGUACUUAAUUGAAGGGAUUAGGGUCAGUACAUGAAAAGUUUGACGUUUGAACUGGGCAUUUAAGCGAAAACAUUGAUGCAUCCUUUGAAAGACAGAAAAACAAUUUUCAGCAUUGAUAGUGCAUGUUUCUUCUGUAUUCACCACAUUUAUUUAUUUUGUUCCAGAUUAUCCAUUACUAUCUGGUGAACGAUACUGUGGAAAUUAGAGAGGUACACACAGCUAAUGAUGGAAGAGAUCCCUUUCCUGUUCUGGUGUGCCGACAGAGACUACCUAAAGACAGAACUAAUGUAGAAUGUAAGUACAUAGUCUGUAACUGUAGCUCAGAGAGCUACAUACAUCUGUUUUCCUGAGUUUGAAUCCAAGCCAGACAGACACUUAGUCUUAGGGUCAGUUAUUUAAACAAAGACAGGUUGACCACGGUAUAGCAAAUCUUUGGACCUUCAGAUCUCACUUCAUAAUGAGUUAUCUUAAGAAGGUAAAUGCUUUUCUAGUCUAUGCUUUCAUGAAACUGUUGCUGAUAAAUGGUGUUUACAUAAAAGCUUUCGGCAAACUGAAAAUGGCUUAGAAUGUGGUUUUGUUAAACACUGGCUAAACUCCAUUUAAUAAAGUAACUGGCCCUUGGAGGUUUAAUUAAGAGUAACUGAGGAGAAAGUGCUGCUGACAUUUCACAUCUGCACCUGCCAUCAGGCACUUUGGUCUUCUCUAAUAGAUCUAGAGAAAAGUGAAAUUUAUAACAUAGGCCCCAUCUCACAACACUUUAACAUCUUUGACCCUUAUGGGAUGUCUUGAAUACCAUGUCAGUGUAGUUUACACAAUAAAUGCACGUGUCCUAAAUCUAAACCUAGAUACUUCUUUUGUAGCCAAAAUAAAGAAAAGUAAUUGUUUUGCUGUAAAUAACCCAUUUUUCUGCCUUAUAUUUCAGCAUCUUUUCCAUCCUGUGUUCUGGAAUUAUCUGAUCAUGAAAUCAAGGACUGGUUCACUCCUCGAGACUUCAUGGUUGGAAAGACUCUCUUUAUUCUGGGAAGAAGAUUCCUUCUUCAUGACUGUGAUGAAUUCACAAAGAACUAUUAUAGGGUCAACUUUGGAAUAACUGACACUAAUCCUGUUGAUGUGAAAGGAGAACCAAGAGAACCGUUGAAUAAGGUAUUUUAAAUUAUCUUUUUUUGUACGUCAAAAACCUGUCAGUAAUUAUAUUUAUUAUUAAACUGCUCACUGGCAGUAGAAAAGUUUAUUAACAGUUUUAAUUCGUUUGAUUUUUAAGCUGAAAGCAGAGGUUUAGUAAUAUUAAGCAAGAAAAAAUUAACCCUAAAAAAAUUUUUGCCAAAGAUUUACAUGAUAAAUUUGGAAUGUUACACAUGCCAAUUAGUUUGGCUCAAAUUGAGUCCGACUGGACUUUAAGAGAUGAUGCUAGUUCUCUAAUUGGUAACAUUUCAUGCACAAAACAAUCAAACGUAUUAAGGGUGAAAAACUGUUUGUCAAGUUCUUUCGCGACAAUAGUACUAUAGUGUUUAACAAUUACUGAUGGUUUAUUUUGUUAGGAUGUUCCACCAUACAAUGGCUUUGGCUCUCUUGAGGACAGCCUUCAAUCCUGCCUGUCUCUUGUGCCUCAGCCUCCAAAGAAAGACUUCAUCAAAAUGCUGGAAAAUGAUCACAAAGUACUGCGAUAUGCUGCGACCAUGGUAAGUUACAAUCAUCCAAAUCGUUUGUGGAUAUCUUACUGUGUCACAGUUUGUAAGUUACAGUGAAAUACAAAAUACCAGUACUUGUAUUGGGAACAACUUGCCUUUAACGACUACCAAUAAAAAUCAUUUGUUUAAGGUGGCUGAACACAGUUUUGCGGGUGGUCAGUGGUAGCGCGUGUUUUAAAUUAGACAAACAAACAUGGCGGCGAAAAUAGCAAUGGUACACAGACGACGAUUUCUCAAAAUCUACUCUAUAAAAUUUUGUGAUAUUUGGCAAAAUUUUUACUUUUAUCGUAUUUUAAAUGAUGAGAACUUUAAAAUGGAAGUUGAACAGACGAAUUUUGUAACACAUUUAAUAAUUACGGUAGAAUUAUAUUAUUGAUUAUCUAAAAACCCCUCUGUUAAAAUUUGGUCAAAUAAGUUUCAAAUGGAAAUGAUUAAUUAUAGUAAGCUGUGUGCGAGUUUAUGGGAAAAUGUAAUGAGCGAAUUUUAUGUAAACUGAGUAACGGUGAAAUUUUAAGGUUGUAUUUAAUCGUUCACGUUGCCAUGGAAACUACGAAAACAUCAAAUUUUACCUGUCAGUCAAACUCUUUCAUCAGUAAAUUUUUCACUUGCCAAGUUUCAGCUUGUGAGCUGCAACCUUUCUCUUGCCACAUUUUGACAAAUGACCUAUACUCAGAAACUGCCAAAACUGUGUUCAGCCACCUUAAAUUUUUAAAUUGUAAUAUUCUUUAUACUUGAGGUUUUUUAACAUCCUGGUCUUAGAUGAUUCUGUGGUUUGAAUAUACAUUAUCCAUCCCUCUACAAGUUCCAGUAUGUUCUUGAAAACUUAAGAGUCUAAUGGCAAGUUACCUGCUGUCAAAAAUUAUUCGAACUAGUUUAGUAUUAAUAAUAUUGUUACUUUUAAAGGAGCUUAUGUGAGUUGCUUCUUUUCUUUAUUCAGGAAAGUUUCAGACCAGAAGACAAAAAUAGACGCUUCAUCAUCUAUUACCGCCUGGCAGAUGACAUGCUUACAAUCUAUGAGCCCCCGGUGAGAAAUGCCGGAAUCAUUGGUGGGAAAUUCCUUGAGCGCACACGCGCCACUAAACCAGGAUCAUCUGUUGAUAAUCCUGAAUUCUACACCCCGGCAGACUUCCAAAUUGGUGCCCUCAUACAGAUCUUCAAACAUCGCUUUAGAAUAACAGAUGCCGAUGAGUAUGUGUUAAAAUAUUUGGAAUCACAUGCUCAGAUAUAUCCAAUCACCACCAUCAACUCUAUCAGAGAAAAGCAUGGCAGACCACCAACAACCACAGAGGAGCUGCUAGCAAAUGUGCCCCAGGGAGACACUGAUCCUAAUCUGUGGAAGAGCCAGUCAGAUGGGAUCAAGACAGAAUACCAGAGAAGGUAA